AUGCCCAAAAUCGCCCUCUUCGGCGCAAGCGGCCAAAUAGGCGCCGCAAUUCUCAAAGCCCUCCUCACAGACCCCUCCCUCAACACAAUCCAGAUCCUCGCCCCAGGCACAUCCUCCAAAGUUCCCGCAAAUGACCAUCCCAAUCUCAGCACCAAGACCAUCGACCUAACAUCCGCAAAGCGCGAUGACCUCGCCAAAGACCUAGCGGGUGUAGAUGUGGUGGUUAGCGCAUUGAACGGAAAGGCAUUGGAAGCGCAGAGCGUCAUCCAAGAUGCAGCGGCGGAUGCGGGCGUGAGACGGUUCUAUCCCAGUGAAUAUGGAUCGCAUCAUAUUUAUCGGAAACCGGGGGAUACGUACGGUUAUAUUCAUCCUAUGUGGAACAUAAAAGACCAAUGCAACGAAGCAGCCCUGCACCACCCAGCUAUUGCUGCUGGCAAAAUGACAUACACCCUAAUCGGCUGCGGGGAUUUUUACAAUCAAUCCCGAGAAAAAACAUGGUGUCCAUGGACGCAGAAAUCUCCCGAAAACAACGAAUAUACAAUUCACGUUAUCGGCUCCCCCGAUGCCGCUGCAGACUUUACACAUACGGAUGACUUCGCUGCUUUCCUCCUUGAAACCAUUCGCCAUCCGGAACUCAGUGAGAAUCAGCGACUGAAUUUCGUCAGCGACCAUAUAAAUCACGAAGACAUUGCGAGACUAUUAGAAAAAUACUCUAAUAAGAAAGUUAAAAAGAGUGUGCUUCCGUUGGAAAUCAUGCAUAAGGUGUUGAGGGAUCCCGGAGAAGCACCAAAGGAGUUAAGAGACGCGCCAAGUGCAUUCCCAGUUGAUUUCUGGUUCUUGGUGAAGGGAAUGCAGGGGGCAGGACGGUUUUGGAGGGCAAAGGGGGAGGUGCAUAAUAAUUUGUUUCCCGGGGUGAAGCUGAGGACUUUCGAGACAUACCUCAAGGAACUAUUUAUCUGA